CCACGUGACCACCGCGCCCUCCUUCCCCUCCUCCUCCUCCUCCUCCUCCUCUUCCACCUCCUACUCCUUGUCCUUGGUCUCUAGCCCUCCUCCAAAGAGCACUUCUCCCUCAUUCCCUCCCUCACUCCUUCCCUUGCCAGACCAGGAAAGGAUAUCUUGUCCCUCUCAUCUCCCCCUUCGAAGCAUCCCUAUUACUCCUCUCCCUAAUUUCCUCUCACUCCUCAUCUCCCUCUCGCAGCCUCCUCCUUCUCCUCUUACUCCUCCUUCAAGAAGUGCCUCUCAUGUGGUGUUCAGUGAGGACGCGAAAGUAACAGUGCCAGUGAGUGCCAAACCUGAGUGCCACGUAAAGGAGAGAGAGAGAGAAGGAAAUAGAUAAAGACAACGAAAAGGAAAGGAAGGAAAGGAUAGAGAAAGAAAGGGUUAUAUACCAAAAUUCAACUAUACAAGAAGAACGGAGAGAGGAAAGAAAGAGAGAUUAAUAGAGAGUGAGAAAGAUAGAAGGAUUAAUACCAAGACAUUAGUACGAAGAAAAGGGAGAAAGGAAAGAGAGAGAUCGAAGAGUACUAAGAGGAGGAAGAGACGAGAGAUCAGAAGUGUGUGUGUUCGCGUGUGUGUACUAGCAGAAGGAUGAUGUGUCGUGUGGGUGUGUGUGGGGUGGGCGGGCUGUGGGCGUGGGCGGUGGUGAUGCUGCUGAUGGUGGUGAUGAUGCCCCACGCCCACACCCAGGAGAGACACAUCCGCUACGUCCGGGCUGAUGAGUUACGAGACUACAACGGCCGCUGCUACGAUGCCGAGCGGUGUUCCCUGCACACCACGGGCGAGACCUGGACCGUGGACAGCACCUGCGAGCAAGCCACCUGCGUCCAGGCCUCCAACGGGACCCUGCUGGAGAAGAGGAUCAGGUGCUCGGAGCUGCUGCCGCUCUUCAACGAGAACUGCUACAUCGUGAGGGUGGAGGGCAAGGCCUACCCACACUGCUGCCCGCAACUCUACUGCGAGGGGAAGCUGGUGUCCUCCUCGCCACCCUUCUAAGCAGUGUCUCUAGCAAAGCUGUUUUAUAUAGGCGAUGUAGUAGUGCCUCUCCGUGCCUGUUUGAACGAGUCUCCCUUUCUCUCUGCUCGUUUUCUGUUUUAAGCAGUGCCUCUCAAGCGUUCUUAUAUUUCAAUCAGUUCAGUGUAUUCAAAGCAGUACCUAUCUGUCUACUUUGUUUAGUGUUCAUCUACUCUUCUUUAUCUUCGUUUUGCAUUCUGUCUUUCACUUUUUUCUAUAUUCUAUCGAGUGGUUGUCUCCGUCUGUUCUAUCCAUUCUCGGUAAUAGUAUUUUGUCUCUUCUAUCUAUCUCUAACACAUAAACGACUUGUGUCAAUUUUUCAUACAUAGCUCCGACUCUUUUUAACAUAACUUCAAAAAAUAGGUUUCCAUCUACCUUUCGAUAAUUCAUUGCACUGUAAACAUUAAACAAAUCAUUUUUUAAGCCUUCAAUAGUGUUAUAUCAUCAUGCCAUCCUGUGUAGCAUCAAGUGUGUUUAUCUCAAGCAUUCAAAAAACAUAUGAGCGAGACACACGACCACACCAAACCUUUAGAAAUCAGAUCAGAUCCUCAUUGUCACGAGGUCACUAGCGCCUUAGUAUGAUUCUAGAGGAUUAAAUCAUCAUGACAUCCUGUGUAGCAUCAAGUGUGUUUAUCUCAAGCAUUCAAAAAUCUUAUGAGCGAGACACACGACCACACCAAACCUUUAGAAAUCAGAUCAGAUCCUAUAAGUCACGAGGUCACUAGCGCCUUAUGAUUCUAGAGGACUCGGAUGAGCAUCAUAUAUAAUUAUACUCUUUUGACCAGUCUCAUCUCCCACCCCAGCAUCCACCACCAGCUACCUCCGUCCCACCAAUAGUAUUCAGAAAACAAUUGAGCAUCUUCUUUCCUCACAUAUCUCCAGAAGUCAAAUGAGCACCAGCACAUUUUUGUACCAUAUCUCAUCUCCUCAUAGCAUCCACUUCUAAUCUCACUUCUAAUCUCACUUUUAAUCUCACCUUUCAUUGAAGAAAACGAUGUAAUUAUAUUUCUCGUGUACAUUUUUUGGCCGUUGUCAGUAGUUGGUGUAAUGCUUUUUUAUUAUACUUAUCCACUUCAUCAUUUUUUCGCUCAAGUUGUCGAUAUUUCUUUGUCAUUCCGUUCAUGCCAUUCAACAUCAAUAGUUUUUCUCUUCAUAAGCAUUCCGUCUUUUUUCAGUCAAGUUGUCCAUAGGUUUUGUGUCUAUGCAUUCCGUCUCUUUAUCUUUAAGUUGUCAAUAGCUAAUGUAAUUGCCUUUAUUUUUAUUUAUACCUUCCAUUUUUUUCUUAUUGCCAAACUGUAGUUCUUUCUUGUAUAUAAAUAUCGUAGGAUUAAGAUUCUUUUAGAGUUCUGUUUAUUAUCUAUCUGACUAUCUAUUUAUCCAUCCAUUUCUAUCUUCAUCUCUGUAUCAAUCUAUUCCUAUCUCUCUAUCUAUCUAUCAGAGCAGACCGUUCCACAUGAUUAAUUAUAAUUAUUAAUAAUACGAGGUAUGUUAACACUUCGGUCUUGAUAAACCUUUAACUUAACAUAUUUCAGAAUAACACACAAACACACACACACACACACACACACACACACACACACACACACACACACACACACACACACACACAGAUAUCGCUCACCCCUGUUUAUAUACCUGUAAAUACCUAGGUAGACCAAUAGGGAAGUAAAGGUAGUUUGUAAUGUAGAGAUAAGGUUUUGAUCACGGGACUAACACGAAGAGCUGCCCCGCCCGACCUCCUUAUACCCCGAUCCCUUAUAGCCUAAUCCCUUAUAGCCCAAUUCCUUAUAGUCCAGUCCCUUAUACCCCAAUCCCUUAUACCCCAAUCCCUUAUACCCUAAUCCCUUAUACCCCAACCCCUUAUACAUCAAUCUCUUAUACCCCAAUCCCUUAUAGCCCAAUCCCUUUAUACCCAAUCCCAUAUAGCCCAAUCCCUUAUACCCCAUUCCCUUAUAGCCCAAUCCCUUACAAACCAACCCCUUUAAAAUAAUAUACCCAAAAAGUAGACUCUAAGAUCAUGUUUACUAAUUACUUAAUGAGUUCGUCAUUAUACCUCUUUUUUUUUAAUCAAAGGGAAGGAAUUAAAUAUGUAUAUACACUAGACAGUAAUACAUACAUACAUACAUACAUGCAUACAUACAAAUAUACAUACAGGAGAGUUCAGAAGGAGGGGGGCGGGGCAAGGCAGGAGGGGGGACUGAUUAUAAUUACCAAUCUUGUUUUUAUUACUUUUACUAUCAUUAUUAUCCAUUCAUUACCACUAACAGCUAAAAAAACAUAGUCCUCCCUCGCAUCAGCCCCCCGGCGACGAAAGGUUUAAUAAAUAUUUUUGUACAAACACAGAA